AGAUAGUGAAAUAUACAAUGAAACGGAAGGCAUAUAAGAUGAACGCUUUAUUGGCACUCUGCGGGAAUUCAAGAGAGCAAGACGAGGGCCGAAAAGGGACCGUGGCCGAUGGCGGUGACAUCAAGCUGCAGAAAGAUAGUAAGGAGAAUGGGGUGCAGGAAGAGGACGAAAGGGACGUUGAUUUGUAUAAGGAGGUGAAAGCCGGCCUGGGGGUGUUUACAGAUGCAAGAAAGAUAAGGGAAGCGGAAGAAGGCAAGGGAGGCCUGAGGGGGCGGGAAACGAGAGAGGGAGCAACCGUUCUGUCAGCAGGAAAAGAAGCCGCCUUGUCCACAAUGGAAAGCAAGAAAGCUUUGAGAGCCAGCCUCUGCGAAGACAACCAAGAAGAUAAAAUGGCCAGAGGGAAAGGCAAGACGACCUACCGAUUGGCUCAGAGAGGAGACCGACCGGCUCCGAGAGGUGGAACCUGCCUGGAAUGCAAGACCAGCAAGGUCAGGGACGCCCGGCAAAGUGGAGGAUGUACCUGGCGGAGGACGCUGCGAUCCAGAAGGAAGGGGACCUGUGGAACGCCCACUCGAAAGCUCUCUUGCUGAGCGCGGCACAAGCUCGGUCCAAGGAAGAGUCCAUCUCGGCGUCGUCAGACCCUGUGCGUCCUGCAUACCUCCCGCCGUCCGGGCUUCCCGGCUUGACCUCCACCACGCGUGGAACGUCUUUGCCAGCUUCCCCGCCUCUCCCCGCCUCUUUGAGCCCUCCUCUCUCCGAUAUCACGGGUGUUUCAUCCUCCUUCCGUCCUCCUCACUCCCAAUUUUCGUCCUCUUUUUUGACGCGGGCUUCGGGCAAGAGACAAAUGCCUCCUUGUAGCGAGCCAUGGCUACCCUGGCAGCACGCAACCAAAUCGACCGUAUUCCACACCCCUGCGGGAUAUGAGUCUUGGCACCACGGAUAG